GGCACGUCAUAUUGGUAUACAAUAGUCCAACAACAAUUCCAAGCAAACGUACGGGAGGCGAUUCGUACCGAGCGAACUAAUACACAGCAAACAUAGAUAUCGGCAAGCAAGCCCCGUUCGCGGAAGCUCCAGGCAAUGUGUUCGGCGAACACAAGCGUAUCGUGGAAUACAUUCAGUAAGCCCAUGUGUAUCAAGACCUCCGAGUCCAUAGCUGACACAAGCAUCAUGAACAGCUGUACGGAGAACCAGAGUAAACGCGAAAUUAGCCCAUCGCAGCCCAAGACAUCGUUCUGCACCGAGAUAUUCGUCUAUCGAAGGUCAUGACUCGUCAAAACCCGGCGCACGCUGUCCGCUAGUACACGUCGAUACUGCAAUCGUGAGUCCUCCGAAUCAGCCUUUGUUCUGAUUCGCGCUGCCCGGCUCGCGGUGCAACUCGGGCGAUCGUGUAGGUGCGUCGCCCGGUGCAACUGAUCCCUCCUGACUCGAACGCGCGCCGCCGCCUUGAUGUUGCUUCGCGUGCUCGAUCGCGCCUGCGAGUUUGUCCUGACGACCUUCGUUCCCAGACAUUCCUGCGUCUACUACUUCGCGCGGGGAAUCCGAAUCGUCUGCACGCGGUUCGGUAUCCUCUCGUGGCUGUGAAAGCUCGGUCUGGGCCGCGUCCUGCGCUUCCUGCGAUUCGCCGGGCGUCGUAGCGAUCACCGGCGGGGCGCCGCUGACGGCUGGCGGUGCAGUGUC